CCUGCAGCAAUGUACUCAUCACGGCCUUCGCGUAACGAAGAUACAUAGGGUGUUGCAAUUCACUCAAUUCGCCUGGCUCCGUGAUUACAUCGAACUGAAUACGCAAUUUAGAACGCGCGCUAAAAACGAUUUCAAAAAAAAUUUAUAUAAAUUAAUGAAUAACGCGGUAUUCGGCAAAACUAUGGAAAACGUCCGAAAUCACGUUGACGUGAAAUUGAUAACGAAAUGGGACGGACGGUACGGCGCGGAGGCAAUGAUCGCGAAACAGAAUUUUCAUAGUCGUAGCGUCUUUGCAGAAAAUUUGAUCGCCAUCGAACUGCGUAAACUCGAGGUGAAGUUCGACAAGCCGAUUUACCGAUACGGCCCACGCGUACUUGCUCAAUACGUCGAUGACGGUGAGUAUGUAGUGACGGCCUCUAUUGUAGCUCGGACGCAUCUCGACGAUAUCAGCCUGCCACAGAUCGUCGUAUCCUCGGACUAUGACGCGCCUUCGCGAAAAAUUUCUUCUCGCCGGAGCGUGCAAUUCCUCGACGAGACGACGUCUCUCGGAGCUAACUUUUUUCUCCUCACCGGAUCUCUUGUUCAUGAUUCGAUGCGUAAUACACAGGAUACAUGA